AUGGACAGUAAGAAGAGGAAGGCUGAUCCAAGAUCUCGGGUCGAUGGAAAUAGCAAAAGGCAAAAAGGCAAAAAGCAAUGGUCCAUGCCGAGGAGAGAUGCUGCAGAGCCACGGGGAAUUCAACCGGGCGAUACAGGCAUCUGGGCGACGUGCGCCAUGAAGAAAGAAGGAAAGUCGGUGGCCGAACUACGUGAUCUUUUCCAUGAAUAUGCUUUGAAGCUUUAUGGAGUUGACUCAGUGAGUGGUGAGGCCGAGAAGGACAGCUCUGAUGAGGAGGGUGGGGGUGAUAUCGAGGCCGAAAUCAACAAGGAGCUUGAUGCCAUACGUAAACCUUCUGGAGGUUCUCUAUUCACAUCAGUCAGGCUAGAGACACAGUGCUUAAUCUUCUUCAAGACUCGGCAGCCUGUUGAGCCGGUAUCAUUCAUCAACACGAUAUGUAAAGAUGCUGCAGAUGGAGUCGAGCAAAAGCUUUGCCGGUUUGUGAAAAGACUUACCCCAAUUACAGCGACAGACAAAGCAACAGAAAGGGGACUGGAUGCAGUUGCAGAAGCAGUCCUUGCCCCCCACUUCCACGGUGAAGGCAAAGGAUCCAAAAAGUUUGCUAUACGGACGUCUAUCCGGAAUAACAAAGAGUUCACGAGAGAUAAGCUCAUCAAGAAAGUCGCAGCCGCCGUCGGCCCAGGCCACAAGGUUGAUCUCUCCAAUUAUGACCUACUCAUCCUCGUGGAAGUCUAUCAGAACAUUUUGGGUAUGAGCGUAGUUGGCGCUGAUUACGAUCAGCUCAAAAGAUAUAAUCUUGAAGAACUUCACGGAUUUACAGAGCAAGACGCCUCGACAACCAAGCAGUCGAAAGAGGAAGGCAAUAUCGAGAAGCCGAGGCAGGCAGAUCCAGGAAGCAGAGGUACUUUCGAGAUAAAGGAGGAUGCCUAA